AUCUUGAUCUCUCAAAUUAGCAUCCAUUUUACUUCCAGUGAUUAUCAACUAAAUUAAUAAUCCACAAAGUAUUAAAUAACGUUUUUAUGAAAUAUUUAGCACAAAAACAAUACCCUUUAAAUAUCGAUCGUCAGUAACUGUGGCUGACUUACCUAUAUUCUAGCAAGCAGGACUGCCAGAUGUGAAGGGGAAAUCCCCAAUAAAUUGUUGCAUGUGACUGAUGAUGUGAGCAUGUUCGUUUCAUAAUAAAAAUGUUGCCAGGUAACCAAAAAGUCGUAUGUUUUUGUGCGAAUUACGAUCAUAAUCUUUACGAUCGUACAUUAAAAAAUAGACAAAUAAUAGUAUGAGUACGAUUUAAAUCGUAUAUCUGUCAACCCUGCUAGCAAGACAGCGACAAAAUCACGUUGCAUAACAAUGUAGCCCAAGCUUAUAUCUUAUGAAAUAUAUGGAAGAGAUACGGACUUAGAAAAAACAGAAAUGUUGUUCUUUGUGGAAGUCAUUGAUGAAAUUCUAUGUAUUUUAGCCCGCAAACUUUCUUCAAACAAAAACAGCGCCAUCUAGUAUCGAGUUCUGUAAUUAUCUCUUUGUUUAUGGAUUUGAAGUAAGACCGCCACGCAUGCAAUACAUUAUGACUGGGGAUUCCCCUAUUCGUCGACGCUGAAUAUGAGGCGACGACAAUCACUGUCAAACGUGUUCACUAUUACUCUGACUCUGGUAACGUGACUUCCUGGUAACGUGUUAGGUAGGAAAAGCAGUAAAAAAGUGCAUAUUAAGGGAGCAGAUUUGAAAUAAUAUUUAUACUUAACAAGAAAUAAUUAAAGGUUCAAUGGGGAGACCUAAAGAUUUACGCAUAUGGGAGCACUACCGUACUUUACCAAACAAGUCUGUUUCUUGCAAGCUUUGUAAUAAGGUCUACAAAUUCAGUAAUGCUGCCAAAAUGCUUCAACAUCUUAUCACUUGUCCAAAAUCUCCAGAAACAUUAAAAGACUCUAUGAAACUUAUAAAAGAUAGCUCGUCCAAAACCAAAAUGUCUGGACUGUCAGAGAUAGAGACAAAUGAUUCUUUUAUAAGCCCCUCGUCGUCUGCUAACACUACAAUAAAUGCUGAGUUUCAAGACACCGAUGAUCAUAUAAAAACAGAAUUAGCGAGAGCUAUAUUUGUAACAGGGACGCCAUUAUCGAUGGUGCAACAUCCUUUAUGGAUACAAUUUUUCGAAAAAUUGCAACCAAAAUUUAAAAUACCUUCACGUAAAGCUUUAGCGACAAAAUACUUAGAUAAAAUAUAUAGAGAAAUGCGUUUUGAGUUAAAUGAGGAACUAAAUGCUUGUAGUUACUUACACCUUCAGUGCGAUGGCUGGUCUAAUUUAAGAAAUGAAGGAAUAAUAAACUUUCUUAUAUCAAAAUCUCAACCUGCAUACGUUAAAAGUUUGAAUACAGAAAGUAAUCCUCACACUAGUGAAUACCUUAGCCAAGAAGUUGAAAAAGUAAUGAAAGUGUAUGGAGCAAAUAAGUUUCUUGUACUUAUUGGCGAUAACGCUAGAAAUAUACAAAAGGCAUUCGAAUUAACAAAACUCAAAUAUCCACAUGUUGUUCCUCUCGGUUGCUGUGCACAUAUCCUUAACUUGUUGUGCCAAGAUAUUGUAAAGAUACAAGAAGUAACUGUGUUUAUUAUGCAAGCCAUAAAUAUAAUAAAAACUGUUAAAAGGAGUCAACGAUUAAGUUCCUUGUUGAUAAAAUCAAGGCAGGGUGAAGAUUCUACACAAACACUAAAAUUGCCUUGUGCUACAAGAUGGGGAAGUCAUGUUACUUCGUUAAAAAGUUUGAAAGCAAAUAAGAUAGCUUUGCAAAUAUUAACAGUUAGAGAAGAUGUGGUAAUUUCAAGAGAUAUUAAAGAUUUAAUUCUAAGUGAUGAUUUCUGGACGAAGACAGGGGAAUGUAUAAGUAUUUUGGAACCAGUCACUGAAAGCAUAUUUUACUUAGAGAGCGACCAGAAUCGUUUGCAUCGCACAUACAUUACAUUUAGAGAUGUACAAGCUAAGAUACGUUUUGCAUUAAAUGAGAUUUCGACAUUGAGCGAAGAAAGCAAACAGCAGAUUCUAACAUCAGUAUCUUCAAGAUGCAAUAUGGCAAUGAGGCCAAUACAUUUUGCAGCAUAUAUUCUAGACCCCAGGACUCUAGGAGUCGAACUUACUCAAGAGGAAGAACUUAAGGGUAUGGAGUUUAUCUACAAUUUAAGCCAACACUUAAGUUUGUCAAAUGUAAUGGCAGAUUUGGCGUGUUAUAAAGCUAAAGAAAACUUUUGGGCCAGAGGAUUUGUAUGGAGCUCAUUAGAUAGCAUUGAGCCCCUAAUAUGGUGGAAAGGUAUUUGUGGUUCCACUGAGUUAAGCAAAGUAGCGAUUCGUAUUCUAUCAGCUCCCUGUACUUCGGCAGCCACUGAGCGUUCCUUUAGUAUCCAAGGCUACAUACAUAAUAACAAAAGAAAUCGACUUACAACUGAAAGAACUGAAAAAAUUUCAUUCAUUUGUUAUAACUGGAAUCUUAAACAUAAAGCUGAAUGCGAGGACAUUCAGUUUAAUGAAGAAAAUACCUUAGAAGCUUUCAUUGAGCAAGUAAAUGAACAUAACAGUUUAGACGAAAUAGAGCCUAUCGAACCUAUACAAUUCAUCGCUUGUAAUAACUCUGAAUCUGACAGUGAUUGACUGUAGUUUUACAUUUUACUUUCAUCUCUUUCUUAAUAAACUCAAAAUCAAAUUAAAAGUUUUUUAUUCUGUAGGCUGCAUAAUAAUAUUGUCUAUGUCCAGUAUAGUGGACGUCUUGCGGCUGAGAUGACGAUGAUGAAGUACAAAAUCAUAAACACCCAAAAAUUUGGGUGUUUAUGGGGUUUAAACCCAAUAAACCCAAAACACCCGGUUUUUACCCACCAGACUUUAAACCCACCCAGGUGGAUUGCCCAUCUC